AUGUUUCUCCUAAAGUACAAGAAGUGUUUGGAGCUUUCUCAAGACAGACCUGUGUCUGUUCUGGAUAAUGAACGAUUUACCGUGCAAAGUUUAUUAGAAAGAGGCCCAGCGCCUUUUGUGCUGGUGUUGCUUCUGGUGCUGAAUCUGUUGCGUUUUUUGUUUGGUGCUCCUGGUGUGGGACCGUGGCCUGUCACACUCCUGCAGCUACCUGUGAAUGGUGUUUUGCCUCUGUUGCCCCUGACGUUCCCCCUGCUUUGGGUUCUUGUGUGCAUGUACGGAGAGGCCCGUGUUCUCUUACAGAUGGGCUCACAGCCAGCGGACUGGUGGGAAAUGUGGAAGUUGACCUGCAAGAAAUGUUACUCGGUGUUCUGGGGUCAAACAUCGACACUCUGCCACACUGCUAGUUUGCUGCACAGUCUGGGAUCUGUAACUGUCCUGUGUUGUGUUGACAAGCAGGGCAUUCUCUCAUGGCCCAGUCCAAACCCUGAGAAGAUUCUGUUCUUCAGCAAGUCCACCUCAUCACAAGACACAGAGAGACAGAGGCAAAAAGACACAAAGGGGGAAAGAGACAAAGAACCUGAAGAUGUCGGCCUGAAGGAUACCAUUCAGAUUCGCUCACUGUGCAGUCUGCAGAUGUUGAGUUUGUCGGUGGGUCAGGCUCAGUGCGAUGACACACGGGUGCAGUUUGAUGACACAUGCUGGCAGCGGCACGCCCCCUCUCUUCGGCCUCUUGGAUUGGCUGUGCAGUUGGUCCUCUGUGACCCUGCAGUCGCCACCCGCAUACUCCGCCUCUCGGACCACCUGACCCAUGCCGCGCUGGUGCGCACUCGACCCCCAUGUCAGCCGGUCCGCCCACCCUGGGGCCUCUGCCAUCUACCGAGGAUUCUGGGUAAAGCCAGAUUGUUUAAUGCUCCAGUGAUUUACACCUUUGUUCACAACUGUGAGAAAGCAUAA